CUUGUUGCUAAGCGACCAGCUGACCAAUGGCCGCACGGCGUCACUAGCCGCUAGCCGGCAUGCACAGAAAUUCAAAUAAUGGUCGCUAAAAACGACGAUUAAAUGCCAUCCAAAGGAAAGGGGCCCCUGCAGGUGGUCCACAGAGAGGUGGACGACAUGAGGGGGAAGCUGGAGAGUCUGUUGAAAGAUGUUGAGGGUGAGGUGGAAACCAAAGAGGAGUCCUUUAGAAGAUGCCAAGAACUUCAGAUAUCUGCAGAGAAAACACUGAAGAAUCUGACAAAACUGACCAAGGCUGAUGAGAUUGCUCCUGUGGGCAACUACGACCAGAGAAAACGAGACGAGCAAGGACGACUGCGCAACGUCCUGGAGCAGCUGGACAAACUCUCCGUGGAGCUCUCGCCACCGGGACCGAGCACGGAGCCAUCAACAAGUGAUGCCCAGAAAGAAGAUGGCGAGGACGGAACUGAAGAAAGUGACGAGGAGGACAGUGACGAAGACACCGCCGAUAAGGAGGACAGCCCCAAAAAUGAGAAUCAGGCGUCGACCGCACCCCCGCAGUCGGAGCCUUGCGUCUACACGGUGCUGAGUGAUUUCAAGGGGGACCAGGAAGGAGAUUUGACAGUUGAGCGUGGUGACACGUUGAAAAUCCUCAAGAAGACAAGCGAUGGCUGGUGGCUGGCCGAGAAUGCCAAAGGCGACAGAGGAGUGGUGCCGAGAACAUACCUCAAGAUCGGUUCUGUCCUCGGUGACGACGACAAGGAGGAGGAAGAAGAUGAAGAGUCCGACGAGGAGGAGCGAGAGGACUCAGAAGAAGAGCAGGAAAACGAAGAAGAAGAAGACGAGGAGAAGCAGAGCCACGCUCCUCACGCCAACUGGUCCACUUUACGAAAGGCUCUGACCGAGAUUGACGCUACCGAUGUCCUCUCCGCAAUGGGCGCCAUCCCUUCCGGGUUCAGGCCCUCCACUCUCAGUAAACUGCUGACAGACGAAGGGGCCAAAUACAGAGGAAGUCAUUUGAUGCAACCACAGCUCAGCCAAUCACAGCUCUCCUUCAGCGACCUCUUCUUGGAUCCUGACACUGGCAGGGUGCGCCCACGACACCCUCGAACGUGCGUUUGUUUCAGCCUGUGGAGCUGCAAGAGGAUCCCCACACCCGGGGUCGGCGUCCAGGUCCUUAGCAGACACAUCCGACUCUGCGCCUUUGAUGGCACUCGGGUGCUGAGUAACAUCCACACAGUGAGGGCCACCUACAACCCCAAGAGCCCCAAGACCUGGCUUUUCUCUCCACGGACCACCGGCAUCCUGCCUACCCUCCUGGACGGAGACUGCUUCCUGCGCUGCGACGCCCACAGCCCCGAUCUCGGUAUCCUCUUUGAGCUCGGCGUCACCUUCAUCCGCAACUCCACAGGCGAGCGAGGCGACCUGAGCUGCGGUUGGGCUUUCCUCAAACUAAACGACGCUGCAGGAAAUCCACUCCCGAGCAGGACAUACGAGAUGCCGGUGAGCGGCGGCACUCCUUACGAGAAGGACGUCGACGCGGAGGGGUUGCUCCCUCGAUCAUCUACGACUGGCGUGUUCCAGCAGAUGCUCAAAGCGCGGCGACUAUCCAAACUCAUCGUCAAGUUCAAAACGCCCAACAGCCGCGUCAAGACGCAACUCAGCCUCCUCCCCGACACGCUGCUGCACUGUCUGAGCUGCCUCCCCCUGUUGGCCAUGUAUAGACAACUGCUAGCCGACGAGCUGCUGGUGAACCGGCCCACCAUGCAGAACGCAGAUUUGAUCUUCAGUCCCGUGGUUGCCACCUUCCCGAUCCUGCUGGACCAAGUGGAUCUGCUGGAUGCGGUCAGAAGUGCCUGGAUGGAUGCGGAAAGCAACAUGAGCAGGGCACAGAAGAGAGACGAGGCGCAGGUGAAGCAAGAGUUCGCAAAGGCGUUCCAGUCGUCGGCAUCUUUCUUGCUGCACACGUCUUCUUUCCCGCCCCACCGUUGGGCCGACACUCCAUCAGAGGAGCAGCGGUCCCGUCUCAUCCUGUCCACUCUGGAGGCGCUCAAGCGGACCCGCGGCCAGUCGGAGAGCUUGGAGGUCCUGGCCGACCCCGCCCACUCUCCCCUGGCCUUUGACAUCAACGAGAUGACUUUUGACCUCCUGCGCGUGGCGCGCUAGAGCAAAAGAGAGAACACAGCAAAGUUCAACUUUUAUAAUGAACACAUUGAGAUUAGUAAAAAAAAAAAACGUGAAUAUUUUUGUAAUGUUUUUAAUCAAAUGUAAAUUACCAUAAAAAAAGUCCUGCUUUUUUAACUACAAAAUAUCUUGUGAACCAUUACAAUUGUUGUUGUUGUUGUUUUUUAAAUCACAUAGCUAUAAAUGAAUGAUUUAGUUUGUACAUUGGCACAUCAUGGUCCAAUCCCAAAUCUUCAUGCUCACCUGCUAUGAUUUGAUAGCACAUUUUUCUAGGCUUGCCAUUAAAGUGCUUACUGAACUGCA